AUGGAGAGAGGAGAGAGGGCAAAGAGUGGAAGAGAUUCGAGGCUCUACCGGAGAUUGUCGGCUUUAGAAGCCACAAAAGGGUCGGUUACUGAAACAAUAAAUGCGUAUACGAGAGAAGGCAGAAUUGUGAAGAAGUAUGAACUGGAAAAAUGCAUCAAGGAGCUUCGCAAAUAUAAAAGAUACCAGCAUGCUUUUGAGAUAAUGGAGUGGAUGGAGAAAAGAGGUAUAAACUUUUCGUAUGGUGAUUGGGAUCUCAUAGCAAAAGUUCAAGGAAUAACUGCAGCUGAAAAAUACUUUGGCAGCCUCUCACCCUCCAUGCAGAAUCAAAGCACUUAUGGAGCACUCUUGAAUUGCUACUGUGUUGAAAAAAUGACAGACAAGGCGUUAUCCUUCUUUGAGAAAAUGGAUCAAUUGAAGUUCACAAAUAAAUCAUUGGCAUUCAACAAUCUUAUGUCGUUAUAUAUGAGACUAGGGCAACCAGAAAAAGUCGCCCCUUUGGUACAGGAAAUGAAGAGCAGAAAGGUUCUGCUAUGCACAUUUUCAUAUAAUAUCUGGAUGAAUAGCUAUUCUUGUUUAGAUGAUAUAGAAGGAGUGGAAAGGGUCUUCGAAGAGCUAAAACAGGAGAAUGCAAAGGAGUGUGAUUGGACUACAUAUAGUAACUUGGCUGUUGCCUAUGAGGCUGGGCAUAACGAAAAAGCUGAGGUAGCUCUAAAGAAGCUUGAGGAAGAAAUGGGACCUCGUAAUCGCCAGGCUUACCGCUAUUUGAUUAGUUUGCACGCCAGAAUAUCUAAUCUAGGUGAGGUUUAUCGUAUUUGGGGUUCUCUAAAGUGUUCCUUGGAUCUAACCAAUUCUAGUUAUCUUGUCAUGCUUCAGUCCCUUAGUAUACUAUGGUAA